UCAAAAGAAGAUAUAGAAGAACAAUUGAUAAUGUAUAGUCCUGUUAUCGACUUGGACCCAAAGAGUGUGAUCACUGGUUCUCGAUCAACGAUCGGAUUGAAAAAGAUCUUUAGUUUUCCAACUGAAUUUGAAUCUACAUCAACGGUGAUUGGAAUCGGAUUAGAUUUAUUUAGUUCUGUAGUUUCACCUUCAAGAAGAUUUGAUCAAUUAGGAAUCGAAUUUAAUAAACUUCAAUUGAUUCUAACUACCAUUGGACUUUUGAUUGGUGUAUUAGGGCUAAAACCUAUUGUUAAAAAUAAACAUUUAAAAAGACAAUGGUAUAAUUGAAGUAAUGAAGAUAGAUAGAUAGGAUUUGAUGAAUCUUUUGUUGUUGUAAGAUUGAGUUAGUUGGAUAUCAUCAAUAUAUAUAUAUUUGAUUGGAUUCUUUCUUUUUGGUAUUUGAGUAGGAUAGAAUUCUUUUAAAACAAGUUGACUAUAUGUUUUUAAAGGGAUAUGGCAUCCUCUUGUGUGUGUUUUUGGGGAAGGCUAGUGGGUAUGGGUUUUUGAGUUUGAAGGAAACAGCAAACUUGAUGUAUAAUCUCAAUUUUGGAUCUUUGGUGAACUCAGAUUGAUAGGGAGAUAUUCAUUUGAUUGGUGCUGACAUUCUGACUGUGGCUUGUAUUUUGAUCUCUUCUAAUGAUAGCCUUGAUAAACAUG